AUGUUGCCAGAAAUUAAUGUGAUCCCUAGUGACUCAUUGGUUCACGAAAGAAUUUCCAUCGUUGUUAACGGAUUGGAGUUUCAGAAAUUGUACAAAAUUGAGUUGAGAUUAAUACAUAAAACUGGAACUUACCGGUCAUUCGGAGUCUUCAAAGCAAGUGUAUCCGGAAGAAUUGACUUGAGAAGGGAUGCACCAAUACGUGGAACAUAUUGUGGUGUCAACGAGCGAGGAUUGUUCGAAAGUGUUGAACCAACUGAAAGUGUACGAUAUGGAGGAUAUUUUAAUUGCACUCCGCCGGUGGAUUUUGAGUAUCAAUUGAUCGUUACCGAUAGCCAGGAACAACUGGUUAGCAAGAAGGUGUUCAAACGGAGGUUGAGGCAUCCAUUAGUUGAGCGGAUUGAGAUUGAAGAAACCUAUCCAAGUGACAAUGAUGCUCAUAACGGUCAUGAAAUCAAUAAAAUUGAAACAAGUAGUUUGUUGGACCAAAGUAGAAACCCAAAAAUUACCGGAAGUAUUUUCAAACCUCCUGGAGUUGGACCUUUCCCGACGAUUAUCGACAUUUCUGGAACUGGUGGUGGGCUAAAUGAACAAAAAGAUGCUAUCAACUACAUCACGUCUCUGCCAUAUACGUCAGAGAGAAUUGGGUUUCAAGGAGUAUCGUUUGGGGGUACACUUGUGAUGUAUCUAGCAACCAAAUUUCCGAAGAUCAAAGCUGUGUGUUCCAUCAAUGGAAGUUUUGCAAUGGACGAGUUUUCUCAUAUUCGAGUAAAUGGAGAACGUCCACCGAUUGGAAUAUUUUCACCAAACGGAGGACAUGUGAGAUUCCUGAAUGAUCUAAUGGUAUAUACAGAUAUGGUGAAAAAUAUCACAUUGGAAGAUGGAGCGGAAUUCCAGUUCGAAAAUUCUACUAAAGAUACUGCAUUUCGAUUUGUGUCUGCUUUGGAUGAUUUGAGUGUUCCAACUGUUCGUUCAACUAAUCGACUUUCUGAAAGAUUGAGGAAACUUGGAAGAAUAGUUGACGUUGACUUUGUCCCGGGUGGUCACUUAUUGGAUCCACCGUGUUUUCCACAUCACCCGAUGGUGUACUCAAAUAUAGCGGGCCUGUUCCAAACUUAUGGUGGAGAGACGAGUCUUCAUGGAAAAAGUGAGUUCGAAGUUUGGGAACGGACAGUCAAAUUUUUUUCCGAACAUCUUGGAGCGCCAACCCCACUGUCUGACUAUUUGAGACUUUCGGCAAAACUUUGA